AUGUGCUACGAACCUCUUUACGCCUUGAACCUGCAUGAGCAUGAACUACCACUGGGAAUCCUUAACACUAGCACAUAUCACUUGUUUAAUCUCAAGUUUGCAGUCAAAGAGCUUGAGCGCAAUUCUAAACGGUGUGAGAAAGAAGAGAAGGCUGAAAAAGCCAAGACAAAAAAAGCUAUACAGAAGGGUAACAUGGAGGUAGCCCGAAUCCAUGCUGAAAACGCCAUCAGGCAGAAGAACCAGUCCGUUAACUAUCUGCGAAUGAGCGCAAGAGUAGACGCUGUGGCCAGCAGAGUACAAACUGCACUUACAACUAGAAAGGUGACACAAUCAAUGGCUGGAGUGGUGAAGGCCAUGGAUGCUGCUAUGAAGUCGAUGAAUCUUGAGAAAAUAUCUGGACUGAUGGACAAGUUUGAGAAUCAGUUUGAGGACUUGGACGUCCAAAGUUCUUACAUGGAGAACACCAUGAGCCAAACAGUUACCACCUCCGUGCCUCAGAACGACGUCGACUCUCUCAUGCAAGAGGUGGCUGAUGAAGCUGGUCUGGAUUUGAACCUAGAACUGCCUCAGGCUGGAAGUGUUGGGACGUCAACCCAAGUGUCACAGGAACAAGACGAACUUACACAACGUCUUGCAAGACUACGACAGGCAGAAUAGUCUCGAGACUAACCGAGAAUGUCAAUAUGAAUAAUCUAAUCCACUGCUCUUAGAACAAGUAUGUCUUGAGGUUAUUGUGUUGUUAUUUGCUCCAUAAAAUCAAAGUUAAAUUUUCCUAAUUGGGGUAAGGUUCCAUCACCACUUUUUUAGUUUUAUGUACCAGCUGUGAGUUGUUGGCUGUCGUUUCAAAUUUAUGGUGAGGUGGAGGGGAUGGGAUCGCUUCCCCUCGAUUUUAUUUAGUUUUUUUUUUUAACAGAGUAUUGUAAAGGUGAUCUACACAAAAUUGGAGAAUAAAUUUAUUUUUUUAUUUAAAGCCUAUGUAUUAUGUCAAAAAAUCAAGUUUUAAUUUGUUGUAUUCUAAUUUAUAAUUUGAAAGCAUGUAUUAGAACUGAUUUUUGAACAUUGAAAGUUUUUUAUCUUGUGAAAAUCGAUUACCUUUCUAGUAAUGAAUGGACCUAUUAAUGUGAUAAAUAUUUUUGUUCUUUUUCCAUAUACUUCCAACGUUAAGUUAAUGUUACAACGCUUUAGUUGUUACCUUUAUUACACUUUUCCUGAAAAUUAUGCCUUAAACAUUGGUUAGUUACAAUGCUAAGUCAUCUAAAGCCACUCUGUCUGUUUAAUCUAUUAUUGUACAAAAUGUGAAUGCUAAACCUGUAAAUUAUACAUUUUUAUAUUAA